GGCCGCUGUUUACCUCGCGCCGUCCCACCCCUUCGGCAGCCGCGAACCGCCCGGAGCGCGCGGCGCAAUUGGGCCAGCGGCCUGUCAGUCGCCGGGGACUUUCCCAGGGGUGGGGCGGGCACUUCCUCGUCUUCGGACCUGUCCCCCUGCCCUGGUCCGGGAGCCGGAGGGGUGCUGCGGGGCCGGAGCCGGGCCCCGGCCACUGCCCCGUCCCAGGACCCGAAGAGGGGGGCGCUGGCCCCCCCAGACCCUGCCCUCAGCUAGGUGGGCGCCACGGCAGGGGCUGCGCCACUCUCAUGGAAGGGAGAGGACCGUACCGGAUCUACGACCCUGGGGGCGGCGCGCCUCCGGGAGAGGCGUCCGCAGCUUUUGAGCGCCUAGUGGAGGAGAAUUCCCGGCUGAAGGAACAAAUGCAAGGGAUAAAGAUGUUAGGGGAGCUUUUGGAAGAGUCCCAGAUGGAAGCGUCCAGGCUGCGGCAGAAGGCGGAGGAGCUGGUGAAGGACACUGAGCUGCUCCCACCACCUUCUCCCACCUUGGGCUCCUUUGACCACCUGGCCGAGCUCACAGGAAAGAACACUCAUGUCCUGGCUCCUCCAGCCGCACCUGCAAGCCCCCGUGACAAGCCAGCCCCAGUGCCCAAACCUCCAUCCAGCGGCGCUUCCUCUGAGUUUGAAGUGGUUCCUGCCGAGGAGCAGAGUCCACCUGACAGCAGCGCCUGCGCCAGGAACACCAUGGCGCUGGGCCCCAUGCCUCCUGAGGACAGUAACCUGAUGCUGCACCUGCAGCGGCUGGAAACUACCCUGAGUGUGUGCGCCGAGGAGCCCGACCACAGCCAGCUCUUCACCCACCUGGGCCGCAUGGCCCUCGAGUUCAACCGGCUGGCCUCCAAGGUGCACAAGAACGAGCAGCGCACCUCCAUCCUGCAGACCCUGUGUGAGCAGCUUCGGAAGGAGAACGAGGCCCUGAAGGCCAAGCUGGACAAGGGCUUGGAACAGCGGGACCAGGCUGCUGAGAGGUUGCGGGAGGAAAACAUGGAGCUCAGGAAGCUGUUGAUGAGCACUGGCAGCAAGGAGGGCGCCGCCGGGCAGCCGAGCUCACCGAAGAUGGAGGGGGCUGGUGCGAAGGGGGCUGCCGGGCUGCAGCAGGCUGGUGUGGCAGUAGGGAAGGUCCCAGAGGUGGGGGCCUUGGGCACAGCUGAGAAGAAGGUGAAGAUGCUGGAGCAGCAGCGAACGGAGCUACUGGAGGUAAACAAGCAAUGGGACCAGCAUUUCCGGUCCAUGAAGCACCAGUACGAGCAGAAGAUCACGGAGCUGCGUCAGAAGCUGGCGGACCUGCAGAAGCAGGUGACUGACCUGGAGGCUGAGCGGGAGCAGAAGCAGCGCGACUUUGACCGCAAGCUCCUCCUGGCCAAGUCCAAGAUUGAAAUGGAGGAGACCGACAAGGAGCAGCUGACAGCAGAGGCCAAGGAGCUGCGCCAGAAGGUCAAGUACCUACAGGAUCAGCUGAGCCCGCUCAGCCGGCAGCGCGAGUACCAGGAGAAGGAGAUCCAGCGCCUCAACAAGGCCCUGGAGGAAGCACUGAGCAUCCAGGCCUCCCCGUCCUCUUCACCAACAGCAUUUGGGAGCCCUGAAGGAGCUGCAGGCCUCCUAAGGAAGCAGGAGCUGGUCACGCAGAAUGAGCUGCUGAAACAGCAGGUAAAGAUCUUUGAGGAGGACUUCCAGAGGGAGCGCAGCGAUCGAGAGCGUAUGAAUGAGGAGAAGGAAGAGCUGAAGAAGCAGGUGGAGAAGCUGCAGGCCCAGGUCACCAUGUCCAACGCCCAGCUAAAAGCACUCAAAGAUGAGGAGAAGGCAAAAGAAGCCCUCAGACAGCAGAAGAGGAAAGCAAAGGCCUCAGGAGAACGCUACCAUGUAGAGCCCCACCCGGAGCACCUCUGCGGGGCCUACCCCUAUGCCUACCCACCCAUGCCAGCCAGAGUGCCACACCAUGGGUUUGACGACUGGUCCCAAAUCCGCUACCCUCCUGCCCCCAUGGCCAUGGAGCAGCCACCCCCGCUCCCCAGUUCACGUCUCUUCCAUCUGUUUUGUCACAGCCGGAAUACACCUGGUUUCCACCCUGUGGAGCGUUGCGGAACCAGAGCUCCCAAGUGAUGGACUCGCCCACUGCCAGGCAGGCAGAACAAGGCUCCACCAAAACUGACCGCGAGGGGCCUCAGUGAGACCAGACUGUCCUGUGGCUCCACCGUCGUCCUGCAGAGCAGCCGAUCUCAGACGACUGAAACACUCGAGGCCACGUGUUCUCCGUGGCCAGAGCCUCAGCUGGG